GAGAUCAGCAGCUGACAGCUCUUGACUCGCUAAGCUUAUCAGUGCACUUGCGACAGUCGCGGUGGGUGGAUGCGCAAUAUUUACUGUCAACUUUUUUGAUAGAAACACGUGUCGAGCGAGCUCUUUAUUGCGUGCAUAUGUGUAAAUUCAAUUCAAACUUUGAUCGCGCUUAUCAAAAAUUCAAUGGAAAAUAUCGCUUGUAUGAGAUAUGUACAAUAAUAGUUAUGAUAUAAGUGUUCCAUGGAAUUGUUACUAUAUUUCAGAUAUGUAACCUUCGUAUAAGCGUGUGUGUGUGUCUAGCGGAAAUUCGUUAUAAAAUUGUAAUUGUGUUAUGAUGCGUUUAUGGUAUAUAUAUGUACACAUGCGCGUGUUUCAAUACAUACCCAAAGAUUAGACGUUAAUUUAGUUUUGGAUUCUUGGUAUUUGGCGACAUCAUCCAUCCGUUUCUAAUGCGUCUUCAAAGAAUUGUAUUCAACAGACUUUGAAGUAGUUUGGGAUAUCCCGUAUUGUGCACUUAAAAUCGAUCGAUUCUUCCAAUAUUAUAUCUUUCACUUCACUCUGACGACAAUUUUCGUUAAUAUCACGACCAAAUUUCAAAUAAAAACGGCGAAAUUAAAAAAUAUUCGAAAUGCCGGAAAAUGGUGUUCACGCGCCGGUUGCUGCCGAAAAAGUGAGACCACUCCAAAUUAUGUAAAAUUUCAAAAACAAACCAACUACAAUUGAAACGGAAUGUAUAAUGUUGUAUAAAAUGAAGCAUCAAGCUUAAAGCGAUCUUUUAGAUAACGAACUGUAUAUUCGCAUAAACAAAUAUGCAAAUUUAUUUACUAUGAGUAUAUCUCAAUAAAGACAGACAGCAUUAAGCACUGCAAUAAAAAUAUAUGAAAUGAAAUCAAAAAUAUACAACUAAAUAAGUUAUCAAAAUAAACGAUCGUCAAACACACUAACUAACGAACACACGUAUACAAAUUUAAAAACGAGCAACUCUAUUUCACACAAAAAAUGUUGGCUUCAACGGAACGCCUCGAUUCAACGAUCAGUUCAAAGCACAGUGACUAUGGCAGCACAACGUUAAAAAAUCGCGCUUCCUCAACUAACGGUCAAGAAUCAACAGCUGAUAUACACAUAGCGACCGACGAAGCUGCACUAGUAUCGUGCGAAAAGAACAGCGAUCACAUCAAUAGUGAUCAGUCGGUGGAGCAUUAUCAUUCCAGUGACAGUGCGACAACUAGUGGACCCGAUAUCGCCUAUCAAAGUCGCGCAAACCCGCUUACAACUUACACUUCAAGUCUUUUCGCUGCCGCAAGUAGUGCUUCCUCGCCGUCGCGCUUUCAAACACGCCAAUCCCGCUAUCCGCGUUACGCCUACAGUAAAAUGGAAUCGUACAUCGAUGAGAAGUCCACCGCCUCGAAGCCCAUAUGGAAGACGGCUGCAUUUCAACGUUUCGAAACAUUUCUGUUUAUUUUGAACCAAAUGUGCAUCGGUUUUGUGACCAUCUACAUGAGCUGGCUGUGCAUCAGCAGAGGUUUGAAUAAAACCCCAUUGCAUGCGUGGUUGGUGACACUCGGUUACUCACUGUUGAUGGCCGAAGCGGUGAUGAUACACUACAACGCCAAUCCGCUGACGUCACACUACAAACGGCAUGAGAAGCACACAAUACACUGGGUGCUACAGCUGGCAGGCGGCGGACUGGGCAUGGGCGGUACGCUAUAUAAAUGCAUACAGAAGGGUUUUCUGCUAACGAGCACACACGGCAAGCUGGGUUUCGCCACAUUUAUCCUCUGCUUGGUGUCCUGGUUAAGUGGUUUAACCGCGCUUUAUCAACUCAAAUUGAAGCGCUGUGUUCGUCCAAUAUUUAAUCGCACAUUCCACAACUUGAUCGGAUUCGCUUGCUUCGUACUAGCGCUUACAACACAAUAUUAUGGUUAUCAAACGGGUUUCUUUAAAGCAGUUCACACAGAUGGAUCCACGCUCCACAUUUGUAUGAAAACCAUAACGCUCAUUUCGCUGGUGCUCUCUUGUAUUGGACCAAUUAAGGCGCUGCUGCAGAAGAUCCAGAUCAUUGUAAGAGACUAAUAUUACAUAUAUUUUGUUGACAGUCUUUAUUUGGUUGCCCUUAAACGAUAUAUAAAUGAGAUAGAUAUAGUUUACAAAGUAUAUUCCAAUUUUUCAUAACAUUCUCAUAAAAUUGUAUUUAUUAUUAUCAUUUAAAAUUAAUAUUAAACAAAACCUAAAAAUACUAAA